AUGGCGGGGAAUGGUUUUACUUCAUUAUUUCUAAUGGCUCGUACAAAGCAGACAGCUAGAAAGUCCACAGGUGGCAAGACACCACGUAAGUCCCUCGGUGCUAAGGCCGCCCGUAAGUCAACACCAACAAUUGACUCACAGGGCGCCAAGAAGCAGCAUCGUUUCCGCCCAGGUACAGUCGCCCUCCGUGAAAUCCGUAAGUACCAGAAGUCAACAGAUCUCCUUAUCCGUAAGCUUCCAUUCCAGCGUCUCGUCAGAGAAAUCGCUUCUGGCUUCCGUGGCGAUCUUCGUUUCCAGUCCUCCGCUAUUGCUGCCCUUCAGGAAGCUUCUGAAGCUUACCUUGUUGGCCUCUUCGAAGAUACAAACCUUUGCGCUAUCCAUGCUAACAGAGUCACAAUCAUGGAGCGUGAUGUUCAGCUUGCUCAGCGUAUCCGUGGAGAGCGUAACUAA